AAUAAAUCGAAUUCUUGAAAUCAUUCCAACAUCAGAGACAUGAGUCCAAACAGAACAUUUUCAUUCAAUCAAGUGACCCGUAUCCUAGCAACGAAUGGUAUGCGCUCGGCAAUGAAGAUUCUCUACAACGUGGGAAGAGUUUUAGCUACAAUGUGGUUGUAACUGGACUCGCUGACAACAGUCUUUGGUGUGAGAAAGAACUACUGUUUAGAACUACGGAUGCUACCAUGGUCACGAAAAUAUUUCAACUGAACUAAAGGGUCUGACAUUUAGACUGAGCUUUAGGCUUAAAGACAUUUGCGAGUGCCAAAGAACACCAAAACCACCCCAUCGGAGUUAGAGAGGAAGUGCAUGCAAAAUAUCCACGCUCAACUCAGCAGACAACACAGACGAGGAGCAAGGCUUCGUGCAGGACAUGGGGAUGGCCUCCCCUCCCCUCGCCGACGAAACUGACCUGGACAGGAAGAGCACGCUGCGGGUUACCCCCCGCCCCACAACAGCGGACCAGGAGGGAGCAGUCAGGCCGGUUAGACGCUCAUGGGGGUCAGAGUUACGGAGAGGGAGGGGGAAUUCGGUGGAGGAGAGUACCAAGGGGAAAGCUCGCAGGAUGUGGAAGUUCCUCAGCACUGGAAUGAAGCAGAAUGUGAACAAGAUAAGAAGCUUCGAUGUCAAGAGUGCUGUUUUCACCCAUGGCCUGCUGCACUUACGUAAUUUCCCUUGCAACGACCCUGUGCGCCACAUGACCUAUGGCAAGGGGGCGGCAGGGUUCAUCAGCCUUCACAGGGAAGGCAGGGUCGUUAUGUACCACCCAGACGGGCGUCUCCGUGACCUCCCACCCGCCUCUGUCUCUGUCCCCUACAUGGGCCUAACCUCCACUCAGCUCCCUGGGCGUCUGGUGGGUUGGGGGCCCGGGGCAAGCCUCACGCUGCUGGACAGUGAGCUGCGCCCCCUAGCCAACGCUCUAGACCCUCUGGAUGUGCGGGUUUGCCAGGUCACAGAGCAGUCCCUGGAGCUGGUGACAGCGGGGGCGGGGAACGUGUGUGUGUGGUGUCUGACUCACAUGGUGUGCCGGGUGAGAGUGACGGAGGGUCUUGGGCGCCACAGCGUUUUUACCCAGCUGGCGUUGGCCCCCCCAGGCCCCGAGAGGCAUCACAGGGCCUUCGUCGUUUACAGGAGAGCUGUGGUUGUCGUUGACCUCACUGCUGGGCGUGUUCUGGAGCACAAAAGGAACCUCCACCUACGGGAUAUCACUGCACUGGUGUACAGCUUUCAUCUGGACUUUGUGGUCACUGCGUCCAAAGAUGUUUCCAUCAGAGUGUGGGGUCCUGACUGGGGGCUUUGUAUGGCGUUCGUAGGACACACUGGUGUGGUGACCUCUCUGGCUUGCUGUCCGGAGUCUGGCCUGCUGCUCUCUGCCUCCCUGGAUGGGACCCUGCGUUGCUGGAGCAUAGAGGGGGGGGACCAGGUCCAGUGUUUCCCCAUCGAAGGAGGGGAGCCCCCUCUGGCCCUGGGGGGUCCGAUGAAAGGGGGCACCUUCUUUACUUUCUCCCAGCAAGGAGUGGACUUCUGGACCAUCAGCAGCCUGUAUAACCUUCACUGCAGGCUGGGGGGGGACUUGGGUGGUCCCGUGAGACAGAUAGUAGUUCCCUCUUGCCCCCUGCCCUACCCCACCCGGGUGCUUUGCGUCAGCGGGGAUAGUAACGUCACGCUAGUGGCCGCCGAGACGGGGGCGGUCCUAACCUCCUUCGGUGCCGGGCAGAGGGUAAGGUGCGCCGAUUACUGCUUGCACAAAGAAAUUCUAUUGGUCCUGACGGAGGGUGGAACGUUGAUCCGGGCCAGCACGCUGACCAAUCCAGCGACGUGUGUGGAUGAGUGGAAGGCACGAGGACAGGGUCCAUGGCAGAGGGAGGAGCAGAGGGAUGGCGAGGGGGAUCAGUGGAUCGCAAAGCCAGGCCCAGCCUCCUGCAUGGUGCUCUACAGCAACAUAGCCGACGGACAGAGAGCGCUAGACGAGUGGAAGAGCCUGCAGGAGCAGAGAUGCCAGAGACCCACGAACAAGAAACCUCUUCAUGAUGCCAAGAACCGGUUCCUGGUAAUGCUGGGGCACAAUGGUGGCUGUGUGAGUGUGCUUAUGCUGGAUACAGGAAAGGUGCAGUACAGGACCCCCGCGCACAACGGACAGAAAAUCACCUCCCUGCAGGCAGACCCUGAGAACAGCUACCUACUCACAGCCGGUGAGGACAAGGCAGUGCUGGUAUGGAGGGUGUUUCCCUAUGCCCAGGAGUGUCUCAGCCUGCACUUGAACCUUUUCUGUGGGCAUCCUCCACUCUACUUGGCCCUGUUGGGGCCUCUGCUGGCCCUAGCCUUCCAGGAUCCCGAUAGCGCCACCUAUAGCCUGGUGCACUUCAGCCUGCUCAACCAGAGUCGCACUGACCAUCCGCCCAGUGAGGACCAUCUGGACUGCAUUACGGGGCUCUGUGUGUGCCAUCAGCUCAGCGUGUUUGCCUCCAGCAGUCAGGAUGGAACUGUUCGCAUCUGGGAUGAAGAUAACCGCCUCCUCAGAACCCUCCAGCUGAGUGCGGAGCCUGAGUGUCUGGCCUACAGUGGGCAGAGGGGAGAUCUGCUCCUAGGCAUCAGAGGGGACCUGUAUAGGAUCCGCUGCACCCACCUGCUGCCACAUGACUUCCAGCUACGGCUCCUUUGUACUGAGAUGUCAGAUCCUAUCCCUGACUUGCCCAUAUCUCACAUCUCAACAAGGACAAGCAAAACCAAGACUGUGGUCUCCCCCAUACCAGAGAAGCAGCCCAACGGAAAGCAGGACAUGACCAAAGAUCCAGAGUAUGAGGCGCUGCUGGCUCGGAACAGAGACCUGGCCUCACUCCAGGAAGGCACCACAGAGAGAAGGAAGAGGAAACCUCCCACCACGCUGAAAACCAGGAAGGAGGCCUUUGACCGCUAUAUGAGGAUCAUCUACAGCCAGCCCCUCAACAUUAAGAUUGGCGAUGAGGACAUGUUUGACCUUCAUGCAGCUCUGUUUCCUCCAAAACUACCUGACCGUCGACCUUUCACCCCACCCACCUUAAGGAAUGGCUUCUUCCCAAACCCCAACUUGGCCAAGCCCCUGCCACCCAUAACCAGGCCAGGGCAGGAUGAGGAGCUAGAGCCAGCCCCAGCACAGAGCAACCCGGUGGGCUUCAUCCCUAACUCUGUGCUAGUGGGCCAGCUGUGGCCAGACGUUGUGGUGGAAAACACAAUCCCCAAGCAAACAUUCAAACUGAGGGAUGAGAAGGACUAUGAAGAGGAGGGUGAUACUGAAGAAGUUCAGUUUCUGGUGUAUGAGAGCGAUGAGGAACUGGACAUAGGUUCCCCCAUACAGCUGGUGAAGAGCCCUCAGAAAGAGAAGAGCCCCCCACCUCCCACUCCAGAGAAGCCAGCCUACGUAAUGAGGCCUCCAAAGGCUGUCCCUCCCACUAAGAAACCCAAACUGCCGACCCCACCUCCCCCUAGAACCCCAACACCACCCCGUACACCCACCCCCGAGAUCCCAGGAUUCCUUAAACAGUUUGUGGAGGAGGACUGGUUCAAGGAUAUCUACCAAGACCAAAGGUGUAUCAGGCAGUCCCUGUGCCCUGAGGAGUUCUCCAUGCAGAUUCUGGACUACAUGCAGAGUUGUGGUGCCCAACUAAAGAUGAGGAUCCUGAGCGCGCUGAUCACUCUACGCAGACAGGGGGAGCUAGGUAACACAGACAAGCUCAGCAAGGGGCUUAUGGGUUCUCUACGCAACAACACCUCAUCAAAUAUGUCCGAUGAGGAGCAGCGAGUGGUGAGUGAAAUACUCAACGUGUUGGUGUGUCUGGGUCCUGAAAGCCAUGAGAUCAUUGUGGAGCUCCUCACUCUACUGGCCCGCAAAGAACUGGGACUUCAAAAAACAGUGAUGUGCCUGCUGCAGGUGAUGGGCGUGGAGGACGCUGACCCGUGGCUGGCCAUGGAGAUGGAUCCCUGGGACUCCAUGGUCCAGGACCUUCCUGAUUCCUGGAAGAGCCUGGAAGAGAUGGCUGCAGAGUGGCUGCACUCCUGGACCUCAAAAUACAAGGGCCAGAACAGUUCUCUGUUCCCGAAGAAUGCAGGGAAGAACCUCUUCACCCCAGUGGAUGUGCUCAACUACUUCUGCUCUGUCAAAAGGGAUAUGUUUUUGAAGGCACAGACUGUCCCACCAGAGGGGCGCAAAGACACAGUAUUGCGUCUCCCUGAAUCCUCCAGAUCUAAGCCAAUCCAACGUCUUGGAGAGACCUACAGCAUGUCCAGGAUACGCAAGCCUCCAGGUGUGAUCUUGCCCCCUCUCUCAAACCGCCCUGUCCUCAUGGGCUUCACCCCGUUCCUCACCCUGCCGAGGGUCAGCCUGUCCCCCUUUCCAUUCCCUGUGGACCAGCACUGUUUGAAGGCCUCGCCGCGACGCUACUUCAUCCUGGAGCGCUCCUAUGUACACUACUACAGAUGACACAGCCUCCCAAGCAGCAAGAUAUUCUUCCCCGCACCCAAGACUUUUCUCUUUCCCCGACAAAGACCAGCUAAACAGAUAUACUCUUGUUUGAAUUAAACAUCUCUUGUAUAUAUCUUUUUUUAUUGUAUAUCACUUGAUUCACUCAAUACAAAUAAAGUUUGAAUGACUGUAAACGUCUGUAAAAAUUGAACUGUUGUGUGUUGUUCCAUGGACAAUAUGGACGCGAUAUGAACUGAUAUGCCAGAGAUAUUUGUUCAUUGUUUGCUUUAAUAUAAAUAUAAGCUUAUAUUGCAGAUGGAAAAUUAACAGUACCGAAUAAACAGCUUAUGGCACUGCUGGACAUCUUCCGAUUGCGAAGGGAGGUAAGCAUGAU